AUGGCUCGUGUGAAGUACGUAAAGGAACGCAAAGGUGAAGAGGUUACCGAUUGGAGCCAGCUGCUCCACCGUCGUGAGCGCCGCGAAGAGCGUCGUAGGCUUCAGGAGCUAGAGCGCCAGAAGGAGCUAGACCGUCGCAGAGAGGCGGGCGAAAUUCGCGAAGUCCAGACCAGCGCUACCACCGCUGCUUACCCCAACGCGCACUCUGGACCUGCGACGAGUAUCACGCCCUUUACCAGGAGGGUCACUAGGGCUGCCACCAGAGCUGCCUCCAACUCUGCCACCCCCGCCACCACCACCGCCACCACCACCAUCACGGACACACCCACAGCCAUGGCUCCAGUGUCUGCUCCUGCCAGUGCUACGGCUGGUGUUACAGCUUUGGUCUCACCUCCUGUGACCGCUACUGCCGUUGAUCACGAGGAAUAUGGAUACAUGGACCUGGUGGACCCGGCACUGUUCGAGUUUGGAAACGACAACAAUGUUCCAGAGCUACCUGCCAAUGAAGCAGUCUCCAGUGUUCAAGCCACCACGACAUCCAUCUCUACAAACGCCGCCCCUCCCGCAUUUAGACCGAUCACCGUUCCGGCUGCUGUUGCAGCCUACGCCAUUAACGUCGAGGAGCUUUCAGUUAUGGAUCGUUCACAGCCUAGAAAUGCUGGGACCGUCCACCAGCAGGCCACGAUGCCACCCGCCGCGCAGGGAAACCACGAAGUCGUACAGCCGACUACUGACGCGCGUACCAAGGCCGCACUUCAGUUGGUCCCAGUCGUCCACAUCAUCGACCGUUUAUUUGCCGAGAAUUUGCCCAAGCUGCGAGCACCCACUCCAGAAAUGGUAGCGGCUGAGGCGCGCGUCUUCCUGGCUAGAGCCCGGGAGAACGAGACCGUACAAGCAGUGAGAACGGCGGCGAAGACGCUGGAUUUUGAGGUACUGCACAGGAUCAACGAGUCCUCCGCUCAACAGGACCUGAGGACAGAGGUCUUGAAGUUUAGACUCCAACAAGUCUUUCUUGAUGAGCUUGGCAAGUAG